AUGACUCCUAAGCAAUGGGCAAAGUACUUGUUCUCCGUUCACGGUGUGAGCGGUGUGCUUUCCGUUCUGGCAGGAAGCAUUUGGACUACAGUCCGCUUGGCCAAGGGCAUCCGUGAAGCAAGCGACGCAGAAGUUAUCUUCAACGUUGUCCUGAGCGCAGUGAUCUUGAUCACCGGCAUACAGCGGCUGAGGACAAUCAGAAACUCAGAUGUUGUGCUGAAGUUCUGGGUCGGCAUUUCAAUCCAGAUCUUCGCUCUCUGUCAAGUCUUGGAAGCACCUCUUCUGGGUUGGAUUCCCUAUUCCGUAUUCGGCAACUGGAUCAGCCGCCUUUGGGGAGUUCUCUCGGUCUACUUCUAUGUGAAGUGGCUGUUGCAGAUCAAGAAGUGGAAUGACGCUUUUGAAACCAAAAGUGAUCAGACCGUAGCCCGAAUUUAUCACCCGUUGAUGGCGCCUGCAAUGGGAUCUGUUGUGGUGAUGGAGGUCGUGACUUUUGUCAACUUUGUGGAGCUGCAUUUCAAUUUGGUCAGCAGGUGUGCAGCAGCGCAAGCCUUGUUCUUGGACUCUCAGCUGGUGUCGCUUGCUGUCAACAAUGUUGCGCAAUUCACCCUGACACUCGCGAACCAGAAGAAGGUCGCUAACAUUCAGACAUUGUUCUACAUUCUUGGCGCCAUCGGCACCGUCCAGUUUGGACUGCUCAUGUGGGUGCAUCUGAAGCACUUGGGGCUGGCAGCGCUGAAUCCGCUGCUCAUGAUUCCACUCGUCUGUCGCGGGGCAUGA